ACACAAAAAACAAACUCUUAAAACAAAAACCCAUUCCCAUAUUACCAAAUACCAAAAUACAAUAUUACAUUAAAAUUCACUUUUCAAUUCCAAUUCCCAAAUAAUUCCAUUCCCUCCGCCGCCUCCUCCCUUCACCUCCUUCCCGCCGGCGACUAUGCAGCCCUGUAGCAGAGAAAUGCAAACCCUCAACUCUCUCUUAAGCCACUCCCAAAUCUCCCUCCAAGACCUCCACGCCGACCCCCACCACCACAACGCCCACCAUUUGAAUCCACCACCACCACAGAUCCCACCGUCUCACCUCCAUCAUUUCGAUCCCUCCGCCGCCGCCGCCUCCCACGACGACUUCCUCGAGCAAAUGCUCAACACAAUCCCUUCCUGUUCUUGGCCUGACCUCAACCCUUCUUCAAACCCUAAAUCCCCUUGGGAUCUUAACCCCAUCAAUAAACCUUCCAGAGAUAUCUCCGACGAUCCUCACCAGAAUCACAUCACUGCCACUUCUCCCGCAGCCAAAGCCGCCGUUAUGCUCCAACAACAGCUUCUCUUGUCCAGAGGAAUCUCCGGUUCUGCCGGAAAUGGCGUCGCGGACCAUGGCCUCCCUCCUAUGCCUCUCUCCCUUGGAAAUGCCGACUUGGACCGCUCCCAAAACGACGUCGUCGAUGGAUCCUGCUUCCGUCCACCGAACUCGGGAGGUUCUCUUCAAUCGCAUAGUUUCGGAGCUCCGGGAAACGUUAUGAAUCAAACUCCGGGAGGUGGGUCUGCCGGAGUUUCUCAAUCUCAGCCGAAACAGAAGGUCAGAGCUCGCAGAGGCCAAGCCACUGACCCCCACAGUAUCGCCGAAAGGCUUCGAAGAGAGAGAAUUGCAGAGAGAAUGAAAGCCCUGCAAGAACUCGUUCCCAAUGCAAACAAGACAGAUAAAGCUUCAAUGCUUGAUGAGAUCAUCGACUACGUUAAAUUUCUCCAGCUCCAAGUCAAGGUACUGAGCAUGAGCAGGUUGGGGGGUGCAGCUGCUGUGGCUCCUCUCGUCGCUGACGUCUCCUCUGAGGGGGGCGGUGAGUGUAUGCAAGGGAGUGGGGCCCAAACUAGCCGGAAUUCAAACAAUGGCAACGGCGGAAACCAAACGGCGUCGUCGAACGACAGCAUGACGGUGACGGAGCAGCAAGUGGCGAAGCUGAUGGAGAAAGAUAUGGGAUCGGCGAUGCAGUAUUUGCAAGGGAAAGGGCUCUGUCUUAUGCCGAUCUCUCUGGCCACGGCUAUAUCAACGUCCACGUGUCACUCCAGGAACCCUUUGAUCAACAGCGGCGGUAGUAGUCAGCUUCCGGUGAUGGCAUCGAACGGCGAAGGGCCAUCGUCGCCGAGUAUGUCGGUGCUGACUGUGCAGUCGACGAGUAUGGGGAAUGGCUCCGUUAAAGACGCCGCCUCCGUAUCAAAGCCGUGAAGACGGCGGCGCGUGGUGGAUUGACUUUUUGUUUAAAAAGAAAAGAAAAGAAAAAGGAGUCAACCAUUGUAGAAGUCUACGAAACUAAGGCAGUCUUAUAAUACGGCGCCGUAUUCUCGUGGACUUCUAUUUGGCCUACAAACCCUAACCUAAAAGCAAAAACCCUAAAAAGGCAAAGGCACCUCCUUCUGACAUCAAAAGCCUUUUUUCUUUUUUUCUUUUUUUCUUUUUUGCUUUUUAUGGGUUUAAUUAUAGCAAUUUUUGGUAAUUGCUUAAUUUUCUUAGCUUAACCAACCAACCCAUAUUUUCCUAUUUUUACAUUACAAAUGUCCUUUUUUUUUUUUUUCCUUUUAAUUUUAGUUCUCUUCUACUACUUGUACUUGACUCAAUGGUUUGUGUUCUAAUUCAGUAAUUAAUUACUAAUUUAACUA